GGUUCGGGAAAUUCUGGUGCUGGCGGAUGGACCGCGUGGUCAGAAUGGUCGACGUGUUCCCGCACAUGUGAUGGUGGUGUUAUGCAACAAAUUCGUCGCUGUCAAAAUGCCAAUGGCUGCAAAGGUGACAGUGUCCGGUAUCGCAUUUGCAAUAUGCAACCUUGUCCGGAGAAAAUUGAUUUUCGUGCACAGCAAUGUGCGGCCAACAAUGAUGUACCCUACGAUGGAACGUUGUAUAAAUGGACACCACAUUACGAUUAUGUGGAACCGUGUGCCCUAACAUGCAGAGGUCGUCCGGCCCAUUUAGCGGAUGAUGAAUCACCCGAACCCACCGCAGAUGAUAGUGAACAUUAUGACGAACUGAGUGUGGUGGUACAAUUAAGUCCACGUGUAUUGGAUGGAACACGUUGUCGGUCUGGCAGCCUAGACAUGUGUAUACAGGGCAAAUGUCAGCGCGUAGGCUGUGAUUUAAAAAUUGGCUCAGCCAAGAAGGUUGACAUUUGCGGCGUUUGCGGUGGCAAUGGCAGCUCCUGUUCCCAGUCGUUGUAUCAAUGGGAAACGGUACCGAUGUCCCUGUGUUCCGUAUCAUGCGGUGGCGGCUAUAAGAUGUCUCGUGUUGUAUGUCGCAGUCGUGUCUCUGGCACCGAAGUGGAGGAUGCCUUGUGCAAUGCAGCUAAUCGCCCUGAACCAUCUGUGGAACUGUGUAACACCCAUACCUGUCCGCCCAGAUGGAUAGCGGACGAUUGGAGUCCUUGUCAUCGUCCCUGUGGUCCAGGAAUACGCACCCGUAUGGUUGUGUGUGCCGAGGAGAACAAUGGCCUGAAGACAAGAGUUGCGGACUCUUUAUGCCCUUUACCAAAACCACCAACUCAAGAGCAGUGCAUUAUAGCCGAAUGUCCAAAGUGGGAAGUUGAAAAGUGGUCUAGCUGUUCAGAGUCCUGCGGCCAAGGAAUACAGAUGCGUAAUGUCGAAUGUAAAUCAGCCGAUGGCGGUUUAAGCGCCAAAUGUGAUCCUCUGACAAAACCCUCCAGCGUACAGCAGUGUACGACGGGCAUACCAUGUGAGUCCGCAUCGGUGAAUGUGGGUGGCGGCGGCACAAUUAUUGUGGGUAGCAGUGGUCCUCGGGAUCCUUUAAAUGUUGACGAUGAAGAAGAAGAUUUAGUCGAUGAAGAUGAGGAUGAUGAAGAUGAUACCUCGGAAAUGGAAGAUGACGCCGAUGAUGCUUCGUAUAAUGACCAACCGGUAUAUUCACAUCACACAAUGAGUCGUCUGCAUCAGGAGGAACCAGAUGGACCGCGUAUGAUGCGUUUACAGUCAUCGUCACGUUAUCGUUCAGCGGAAGCAAGACCAUCGGAGCCAACUUACAUCAAGGACACCGAAUGGUCGCCAUGCAGUGUCACAUGCGGUGAGGGUAUAAGGCGACGCUCGUAUCGAUGUAAAAUUUUCUUGGAAUUUUCACGCACACUGGCCACCAUCAACGAUACCAUGUGUGAGGGUGUAAAACCACACGACGAGGUAGAACGCUGUGUAGAGGAGCCAUGCAUGUUGCCAUCACAUGGCUAUGAUGAUCAAUAUCCACGAGAUUCAAUAAAAGUUGGCGUCUCGGAGCCAGGCAAGACAUAUGUGUGGCGUGAACAGGGUUACACAUCCUGUAGUGCCAGCUGUUUGGGCGGGGUGGAGGAGCUCAUCAUCAAUUGUGUGCGAGAAGAUAAUGGCCGUGUGGUUUCACCAUUCCUGUGUGCUCCAGAAACCAAGCCGGAGGCCCGUGUAAGAACUUGCAAUGAUAGACCUUGUCCUCCGCGAUGGAAUUAUUCAGAUUAUACCCCCUGUUCCAAGUCGUGUGGUAUUGGUAUUAAAACACGUGAAGUCCAGUGUAUCCAUGAGGUGACAAGAGGUGGUGAAAAUACCAUGGUGGUACCGAAUAGUAUGUGUCCUCAGCCUCCACCUGCUGAUCGUCAAUAUUGUAAUGUCCUAGAUUGUCCUGUGCGCUGGGAGGUGGGAGAAUGGUCAAAAUGUUCUCACACCUGCGGCUAUGGUUAUAAAGAACGCAAAGUGGAGUGUAAACAGAUUAUGGCUCAGGAACAUAAGAUCGAAAGACCCGAAUCGAUGUGUCCCAGUGCCAAGCCACCAGAUAAGAAACCAUGUAAUAUAAAACCAUGUCCUCCAGAAGAUCCUAAACCAAUUAUACAAAUUAGCAAUACCACACACAUACAACAUGAUCCGAAAAAAUCAAAAAUCACAUUAAAAGUGGGCGGUGCUGGUGUGGUCUUCUUUGGGACACAGGUUAAAAUUAAGUGUCCCGUUAAGCGAUAUAAUCGUACAAAAAUCAAGUGGAAUAAAGAUCAUAAGCCAUUGGUGAAGUCCCGUAAAUUUAAGGUUUCCAAAAAGGGUGCCUUACGUAUUUUGGACAUCACAUUCCGUGAUGCGGGCGUGUAUUCGUGUCAUGCGGGGCUGAGUAGUGCCGACAUAACAAUAGAUGUUAAGGCGAAGCCGGGUCAAAGGCCGGAGGAUUUGGAGAGGCAUGAAUUGGAUCGCCUUGUACGUGAGAAGAGCGGAACAGAGCCUUUGACUGCAGCCGAUAUGACAGCAGCGGAAAAUAACACUCAAAGCACACGUCGCAAACAGCAACAGAAUGCCAGAGAACGUAAUCGUCGUCCAAAGUCUGAUGGUAUACAACAGCAUGCGGAUAGCAGUAUUAUGGGGGAUGAGCAUUCACAUUUAGUCCAGCAGGCCCAGGAUGGUUUGCCUCAACCGAGUGCCAGCAGUGGUAGCAGUCGACGCACCAAUGCCUUGUUGGCCAUGCCAUAUUUCCAGGCUUUACUCAGUAAUCUACAGUAUUUUUGGUCAUCAUUCCAGAAAUUUGGCAAUUCUCGUGGCCAUCAUAUGCUAUCCGAUAGAGGACUACAAUAUGGCUUGGAUGUCGAUCAAGAGGAUGAACCGUUGAAAAUCGUAUCGCAUAUUACCACCAAAGAUUUGCAAACUCCGCUAAACGCUAACAAGGCUCACACAAAACCAGGCAACCGAAAUAAUGGCAACGAAGUUGGACCACGCGAUGAUGAUGAUGAUGAGGAGGAUAGCGAUGAUGAUGACGAUGGCUAUACCAGUGUUGAUGGUGUUGACAGUGUUGAUGAUAUGGUCGGGCAAACGGAUACAACGACAAAUGCCACCGAUAACGAGCGACAAUCAACGUUACAUUUGCCCCAUGCCAGAUGGCCGAAUCAUUGGUCAGAUCUACCACCGUCACACAUGACUUCAACCAAUACAGUCACGUAUAAAUGGCUAACAAGCCCAUGGACGCCGUGUUCACAGAAAUGUGGAGCUGCUGGUUCGGGUUUAAGAAGACGCACCAUUACCUGUAUACGCGUCCAUAUAACAACUAUACCCAACAUUCACAAUGGCGAUGAUAACAGCAGUAACAACAACAACGAUGGCAAUGAUGGGGCCGACAAUACACUUAAUGUGGAACAGACCACCGAAGAAAUCACCCAACAACAACAGCAGCAUCAACAGCUGGAACAAGAGGAAAUUGUGGACAAUGCAUUUUGCGAAGAUUACGGCCUGGACAUACCCGAUACCUUUGAGACAUGCGGUAGCGAAGAAUGCCCCCGUUGGAUCAAGGGAGAAUGGUCAUUGUGUCAUCAGUCACGUUGCUUUGGCCGCAACACAGCCAUACAAAGACGUGAAGUCUCCUGUCGUUUUGCUAAUGACACCAUAUCUCGUUUAUGUCCGGAAUACGAAAAGCCCAUUAGUCGCCAGGAAUGCUACAAUGAACGUUGCAAGGGUGUAUGGCGUGUUGAGCCCUGGUCAGAGUGCAAUGCUCCUUGUGGCCGCCAGGGCAUCAAAUAUCGCAUACUGCAGUGUGUUUGGUAUGGUACACGAAGACCAGCGGGCAAUGCUUGCAAACAUCAAAACCGACCUGCAGUAAUGAAAGUCUGCAAAAGUCCACCCUGCUAUGCAAAAGCCAUUGAGCGAUGCAAAGAUACUUCACGUUAUUGCCGCAAUGUUCGCUCCAUGGGAUUGUGUCGUUUACAACGUUAUCAGGAGAAAUGCUGCAAGUCCUGCAAAUACAAUAGCAUUCCAAAUUAGCAUUUACUAUUUAAUAAUAAUCUACACCUGCCAUAUAAUUCGUAUUACCCGCAUCGUCAUCAUCUUCUUCGACGUCGUC